AUGGGAAAUUGUUGCUCCCAAGACAACACAACAAAUGUUACAGAUGACACGGGGGGGAAAGUAGAAUUUAUUGCCAAACCGGUAGAGAAUCCUGGUUCUUCCAUGCAUAACUCCACUGCGCCACAUAAAACUCCAACUCAUUCAGCCUCUUGCAAACCUUCGCAACCAACCCCAAUGGGGCCGGUUUUAGGCCGGCCAAUGGAGGACGUCCGCUCUACUUACACCAUUGGAAAGGAGCUCGGGAGAGGACAAUUCGGCGUCACACAUCUAUGCACUCACAAACAAACAGGCGAACAAUAUGCCUGCAAAAUAAUCGCUAAAAGGAAACUCGUGAACAAGGAAGACGUCGAGGACGUUCAACGGGAAGUCCAAAUCAUGUAUCAUUUGGCAGAACAGCCUAAUAUUGUGCAACUCAUGGGGGCUUAUGAGGACAAACAUUCUGUGCAUUUGGUGAUGGAAUUGUGUGCAGGAGGAGAGCUUUUCGACAGGAUAAUUGCAAAGGGGCAUUACACAGAACGUGCUGCUGCAUCUUUGCUUAGAACAAUUGUACAAAUUGUUCAUACAUGUCAUUCAAUGGGGGUUAUUCAUAGGGAUUUGAAGCCAGAGAAUUUCCUUCUGUUGAAUAAAGAUGAAAAUGCACCAUUAAAGGCUACAGAUUUUGGGCUCUCUGUGUUCUAUAAAGAAGGAGAAGUAUUUAAAGAUAUUGUGGGAAGUGCAUAUUAUAUUGCUCCUGAAGUGUUGAAAAGAAAAUAUGGACCAGAAGUUGAUAUUUGGAGCAUUGGGGUAAUGUUGUACAUUCUACUAUGUGGAGUCCCUCCUUUCUGGGCAGAAUCAGAGAAUGGAAUAUUCAAUGCAAUUUUACGUGGACAAGUCGAUUUUACCAGUGACCCCUGGCCUUCGAUAUCGAAUGGGGCAAAGGAUCUGGUCAGGAAGAUGUUGAAUUCAGACCCCAAGCAAAGGCUUACAGCUUAUCAAGUUCUAGAUCAUCCAUGGAUCAAAGAGGAUGGAGAAGCACCUGACACACCACUGGACACUGCUGUUCUUGACAGGCUCAAACAGUUCAGAGCUAUGAACAAAUUCAAAAAGGCCGCACUUAGGGUUAUUGCUGGCUGCCUGUCUGAGGAAGAAAUAAUGGGAUUGAAAGAAAUGUUUAAAGGAAUGGAUACUGAUAACAGUGGUACAAUAACUCUUGAAGAGCUAAAACAAGGACUGGGAAAGCAAGGGACAAAGUUAUCAGAAUAUGAAGUAAAACAGUUAAUGGAGGCUGCCGAUGCUGAUGGCAAUGGGACGAUUGAUUAUGAAGAAUUCAUUACAGCAACAAUGCAUAUGAACAGAAUGGGCAGAGAAGAGCAUCUUUACACUGCCUUCCAUUACUUCGAUAAAGAUAACAGCGGUUAUAUUACAAUAGAAGAACUCGAGCAAGCUCUUCGAGAGUUUGGCAUGAAUGAUGGGAAGGACAUAAAGGAAAUCAUUUCAGAAGUUGACGCUGAUAAUGAUGGCCGAAUUAACUAUGAUGAGUUUGCAGCCAUGAUGAACAAAGGUAAUCCAGAUGCGUUAACAAACCCCAGAAAACGACGAGAAGUUUCACUCCCUAAAUUUGAUUAA